UUCAGCAAAAAGGCAGCGCUUUUUCCAAAAUUCCAAAAUGAGUUUAGAGCCAGCUCCGAAAAAGAGGAAAAAGAAAGUAGACCGUUGCCCAAAUCCACUUUUUGUGAAGUGGUUGACAGAAUGGCGGGACGAAGCUAAAGAUCAAGGAAAGAAAACUCAGUACGCUUACGGGAAGGCGCUGAGUUCCCUCAAGAAGUAUCCCAUGCCUCUGACGUCUGGAAAAGAAGCCAAAAUAUUAGAUAAUUUUGGGGAAAAGAUCUGUAAGAUGUUAGAUCACAAGUUGGAAAAACAUGUUGAAGAAAAUGAAGAUUGGUCAUCAUUGGGAGCUGACGAUGGACCAUCAAUGUCAUCACAAGCUCCUUCCACAUCCUCUGCGCCAUAUGAAGACAUUCUGGCCGUUCCUCCACCCCCAGACCCAGAUGAUUUUAUCGGAGUGGGCCAGCAAAGGAAGAGAAGACCAUCCAACCGUGGGCCGAGGGAGUAUGUUCCAGUCUACAGAUCCGGGCCGUAUGCGCUUGUUCUAACACUCUACAGGCAUUAUAUGAUACCUGCAAGUAAAAGAUUCAUGCUGAAAACUGAACUCCAGAGAGAAGCACAACCUCUAAGUGAAAAAUCUUUCACGAUGCCUGAUCCGGGAUCCCACUACACUGCAUGGUCAUCUAUGAGUACUCUAAUAUCCAAAAGAUAUGUAUUCAAGGAAGGCAAUCCUGCAAGAUACAGCAUUACUGAAACGGGCAGAGAACUUGCCGACAGGCUGGAAAUAGUUGAAGCAAACUUUGGACAACAAGUUUGUGGUACGAGCCCUCCCAUUGGUGGAGCACAACCACCAGUCAAUAAGAGCGCAGUUCCUGCUGGCCAAUCUAAGAAAAGAAAAGAACCUGGCAGACCUAACAAGAAUCUCCAGAAAGCUGCCCCACCCCACACUGUCACAUCCGUUGACACACACGGUGAUAUACCACAGACUGCUCAGGAUGAUAAGUUGACAUACUGGUACAUCGACGAUAGAGGAAAGCAGGUGAUUUCAAAGGAUGAAGCUGAAGUCACAGUUGACGAUGAGAUAUCCAUCGGGUUCCUAAUUAAGGCUAAUGAGGCAGCUUUAAUUAAAUCCGGUAUGAGAUAUAAGCGCGAUUACUCCAAACCAUCCGCGGGUUCUAUGGUCUACGCAUACCUACAUAACGAUGAUGCCGUUGAUUAUUGCCCUGUUCCAAGAUUGUCCUCUCUUCCAGCUUCGAGUACUUCAAAUUUGCCAACAACCUGUGCCACGAAUUAUAGCCUUUCAUCUCUUGCCUCAUCAAACGCAACUGCCCCUUCAAAGCCUAAACCAAAGAAGAAACCUCAGCCAUCAGUGGUGGAUGUAAGAACAGAAUCGAGAUUUACUGCGCUCUCCUCCAUCCCAGCAUCAACUACAACCUCAGCUGGAAGGUCAGACAGCCAAAACAGCAAUGGGUCUUCAAGCCUGUACCCAUCUGUGUCUGACAGGGGUAACUCUGGGCCAGGCUGGUCUCAAAACUCAAGACAAGACGUUGACUCACAGGGUAGUAGCUCUACCUCUAGUGUUUCCAAUCGGACGGGAGGCUUUCCCAGCCCCAGUAGUAGUCACGAAGGGCGGACAGAGAGAACUGUGGAUGCAGAUGAAGCUCCGACUUCCCUGUAUGUGUUAAAGCCAGGAACGUUUGACAUUGUGCUGUGUGUUGAUAGCUGUGAGACUUCUGGAGGUCAAGUGAAGACACGGAAGCAGCUACUUCUACCAGAGCUCCAGAGGAACGGUGUAACUCUUGACGUAAGGAAGCUACAGGUGGGUGAUUUCCUUUGGAUUGCUAGAGAGAAGCGUGUACCAGUCCCUGGGAUGAUACAGAUGCCAACGAGCAGAGAGCUGGUCCUGGACUACGUAGUGGAAAGGAAGAGGAUGGACGAUCUGUGUGGGAGUAUACUGGACGGAAGAUUCAAAGAACAAAAGUUUCGUUUGAAGCAGUGCGGUCUCCGUAAACCCAUUUACCUGAUUGAAGAUUUUGGUUCGAUAGAUCACCUGAGUAUUCCAGCAUCAACACUCAGACAGGCAACUGUCAACACACAGGUUGUUGAUGGUUUUUUUGUGAAACACACCAGAGACAACAAAGAAUCGGUGGCAUAUCUGACUGUAAUGACUCGAUACCUUCAGGGAUAUUACUCGAACAAGACAUUGGAGGCUUAUCGUCGUGACGACAUGGUGAAUCUGCCUAGCAACCCAAGCUUGACAAACCCCACUCAGAGACUGAUGACGUUCAAGGAAUUCAACCAAUCAUCAGUCAAGAAUAAAAACACAACAAUUACCGAGACAUUUGCAAAGCAACUUCUGCAGUUCAGUGGACUGACUGCUGAGAAAGCGCUUGCCAUAACACAACGGUACAAGACGCCCUCUGAUUUGGUGGAUGCUUACAGGGCCUGUGCAAUGGAAAAGGACAAGGAGAAACUAUUAGCUAACAUGAAGUUUGGAAAACUACAGAGAAACAUGGGUCCUGUGCUGAGUAGGAUGGUGCACAUGUUCUACUGCUCCCAUGGUCCCCUGUCAUGAUAUGGAAGCUGCAGGACAUAAAGCUGUUAGGCAGAAAAUUCUGCUUAGCAAGUUUCCUGGAUAAGCAAGAAAUGACCUGGGAACAAGUCGCAGCAAUGGUAACUCUAUAGUGUUCCGGUUAGUAACCUAUUUUUUGUGCUUAGCAAAGUUUUUGUGCUUACAGGCUUUAUGAAAUUAGAGGACCAGGCCCGUAGACCUCUACCCACUACCCUUCAUCUGGUUGAUUAUAGUUCAACGAUGGGAGACUUGCACUGGGUGUUCUUCGUUUCAUUUAUUGUUGCCGUUGCUUUGGGGAUUUUCUUUUUUUUUUGCAUUCUUGGACUUUCUAUUUGCAUAGUGUAUGUGUACCAUGUAAAAAAAACAUCUGUAAAAACACAUCCAGUGGUUGAACCAAAUGAACUUUUCUCCUACGCUCGCAGGAGUUCACAAAUACAUAUGGGGGUUACCUUUUUACAUUUGAGAAGAAUGCAAUCGGACACUACAGCUUUGAUUGGCCAGAAAUGCCCCCUUAAAAAAAUUGUGCACCCCUUGUGCUUUCCUUAAUCUGAACAACAAAAACGGAACAACAAAAGUUUAAUUUUUACAGUGUAUCUCAAUUUUCUUUAUGUGUAUUUAUUUUUACCUCAUAGUGAUGCUUGUUAAUUUGUUAUUAUAUGAAACGACUGGUUAACUAUAAGUUUUACCCCAUUACUUAUACUCGACAAGAAAAAUUCAUGUACUUAAGAUAUAUACUCAGUACUGAAAAUGUACUCGGACUUUGAUUUGAAGGAACUGUGGACAAAAUACUGUUUCCUUUUUUGCUUAACAUGUGUUACUACAACAAGGAAUAGAGGAAUAAAGCUGGAUAGAGUAAACUUUGA